CUUACCAAAUAGACCUUUGAAAGUUUCCACAUUUUUGUGCUUUAAAUUCUUUGAGGGAAGAAAAGUAUGGCAGGAAUAAUGAGCAAAAAGAUUUCUGCAGCAUCAGCCAGGUCUCAUACUAGAAACACUAAACAGAAGAGUUCAUUUCCUCUUUCUUCAGGGAUGUUUAGGAAAAUUCUCACGGUCCUCUUCGUUGGGUUCUUGGCGUAUGCUUAUCGGGCAAUGCAGCCUCCUCCAACGAAAAUUUGUGGCACCCCUGAUGGCCCUCCUAUCACAGCACCUCGAAUCAAACUAAGUGAUGGGCGACACUUAGCUUACAAAGAGCAUGGCGUACCGAGAGAUCAAGCAAAACAUAAGAUCGUGUUCAUCCACGGAUACGAUUCUAACAGACAUGACGCUGUUGUUGCAACUGGCCUCUCUCCGGAGGUUACUGAAAGCUUGAGAGUAUACAUUGUUUCAAUUGAUAGACCUGGUUAUGGAGAAAGUGAUCCUAAUCCGAAACGAACAGUAAAGAGCUUGGCGUUUGACGUACAGGAACUUGCUGAUCAAUUAGGACUCGGGUCCAAAUUCUAUGUUAUUGGCUUUUCAAUGGGCGGACAAGCCGUUUGGACCUUGCUCAAAUAUAUUCCUCACAGAUUGGCUGGAGCGGCUCUUCUAGCACCGGUUACCAACUACUGGUGGCCUAACUUUCCCGCUAAUUUGUCCAACGACGCGUUGAGCCAUCAGCUUCCUCAGGAUAUAUGGAAUAUUCGCGUUGCUCACUACCUUCCAUGGCUUAUAAACUGGUGGAACACUCAGAAAUUUUUCCCUGCUUGUAGUGCUGCUUCUUACAAUCCCGGUGCUCUUUCUUCUCAGGACUUAGAACUAAUGCCCAAGUUUCGUGCCAGAAGAGACCUUUAUGCUCAAGUGAGACAACAAGGACAACACGAGUCACUCCACCGCGACUUGAUGAUUGGUUUCGGGACAUGGGAAUUCGACCCUAUGGAUUUGGAAAAUCCAUUUCCUAACAACGAAGGUUCAGUUCACUUGUGGCAUGGGGACGAGGAUAAGCUCGUGCCUGUAACUCUACAACGAUAUAUUGCACAACGACAACCAUGGAUCAAAUAUUAUGAAAUUCCGGAUGGUCCUCCCGUCACUGCACCAAGAAUCAAACUUAGUGACGGAAGACACUUGGCUUACAAGGAGGGUGGUGUACCUAAAGAGAAUGCAAAGUAUAAGAUUGUGUAUAUCCAUGGGUACGAUGGUUGCCGGCAUGAUGUUCCAAUUAGCAUCCUCUCUCAAGAUGUUAUUGAAAGUUUUGGAGUGUACAUUGUUUCCUUUGACAGACCUGGUUAUGGAGAAAGUGAUCCUAAUCCGAAACGAACAGUCAAGAGCUUAGCUUUCGAUGUACAGGAGCUUGCCGAUCAAUUAAGUCUUGGAUCCAAAUUCUAUGUUAUGGGAUUUUCAAUGGGCGGACAAGCUGUUUGGACGUGUCUCAGAUACAUUCCUCACAGAUUGGCAGGUGCUGCUCUUAUUGCACCAGUUGUCAACUAUUGGUGGCCUAGUUUACCUGCGAAUAUGUCCCAAGAAGCAUUCAACCUUCGGCUUCCUCAAGAUCAAUGGACACUUCGAGUUGCUCAUUACUUUCCGUGGCUUACCUAUUGGUGGAACAGUCAAAAGUUCUUUCCUGCAUGUAGUGCUUCAAGUCGCAACCCUGCGGUUUUCUCUUCAAAGGACCUAGAGAUAAUUUCCAAGCAAAGUUCGAGCCGUGACUAUCGUGCACAGGUAAGACAACAAGGAGAAUACGAGUCCCUCCACCGAGACUUGAUGAUCGGCUUCGGAACAUGGGAAUUCGAUCCGGUGGAUCUUGAGAACCCGUUCCCUAAAAAUGAAGGCUCUGUUCACUUAUGGCAAGGGGACGAGGACAAACUCUCACCCGUCACACUACAAAGAUAUAUUGUCCAGCAGUUGCCUUGGAUCCAAUAUCAUGAAAUUCCAGGCGCGGGUCACUUGGUUCCAAUGAUUGAUGGAAUCGGAGGCAAAAUCAUCAAGGUGCUUUUAACCGCGUAAACUUAUCAUUCUUAUGGAUGCACGUCGUGAUGUGUCUUAUUUGCCUAUAUAUCUCGUGUUGUUCCUUCAGUUUCAUAUUAUCGAUGUCAAAGUUUUGACUUUAAGAGAAAUAUUUUGUAUUACAGACGUCUUUUGCUCCUUUUGUAAUGAGUGAUAGUGAUGUUAGACAAUUACCUUGGCCUUGUUAUAAAAUAAAGCUAUGAAGUAAAUACACAGAAGAAA